AUGACGGAUCUGACGUCUGUUUCUGUGCUUGUGUUGGGCGCUGGUGGUCUGGGCUGCGAAAUGCUCAAGAAUCUAGCGCUCCAGGGCAUUCCAACGGUGCAUGUGGUCGACAUGGAUACGAUAGAACUUACCAACUUGAACCGACAGUUUCUGUUCACGGAAAAAGACGUCGGGCGCGCCAAAGUCGAGGUCGCCGCUGAGUAUAUAAAUUCUAGAGAAAUAGUGGGUGCGGGUGGCCAGUUGGUGAAAGUAACGCCGCAUUUUCAGGACCUGACGCUCUUCACUCGAGACUUUUUAGCGCAGUUUACCUUCGUAAUCUCGGGACUGGAUUCCGUCGAGGCACGCCGUCACGUCAAUGCAGAGCUUGUAAAAAUCACUUUAGAAUCGCAAUUCCAAAAAUGCAUUCCUUUCAUUGACGGGGCGUCGGAGGGCUUCAAGGGCCAUUGCAAAGUGAUAAUUCCCGGGUUUUCUGCUUGUUACGAGUGUUCUUUGAACACGCUACCCGCAAAAACCGAGACAUACCCGCUGUGCACCGUCGCAAACAAUCCACGCAAACCUGAGCACCUUAUUGAAUAUGCUCUGAUGGUGCAAUGGCCCCAAACGUUUCCUGACGUUAGUUUUGACUACGAAAAUCCAGACCAUCUUCAUUGGCUAACAGAGCAAUCGAUCGACCGUGCACAGUCCUACGCGAUAGAUGCAUCUGCAUUGACUCCUAAUUUCAUCUUAGGUGUCAUCAAAAACAUUGUACCGAGCGUGGUAAGUACCAACGCUAUUAUUGCCGGCCAAUGUUGCAUCGCGAUGACACGACUGCUGUACGACUUGUACGAUUUCGAAAAUUCACCCAAUUUCAGCAUUUUCAAUGGCGAAGAAGGGGCGUUCUCCCAUAGCUAUUUGCAUUCAAGAGAUCCCAAUUGCCUUAUCUGUGGGGACAACAAACAAACCCUGUGA